UGAGUUGUGUGUGAAAGCAGAAAGGGCGCCGCUGUGAGUUUUAUUUCCCACUUUGUCAUUUAGUUUUCAAAACUAUUUGACCUCUCUGCACCUCAAUUUCCUCAUCUGUAAAAGGUUGGGGUCCUGCUGUAUGUUUUGUGAGGUCCCUCCUUUCUUGCUGUCAACUCUUGAGCUAGCUAAUUUUUAAAACAAAAUGAUUCCUGAGAGACAAAAAAAAAAGAUUGUUCGGUUUAGCAAACUUGACAUGAAGGGGUUUUUUUUUGUCUUCUCCCAUUGCUGACUUUCUGAAGAUUCCUCUCUGAAGAAGGUAGUGGUGCUGGUGACGGUGAUGGUGGUGGUGAUCGUGCUUGUUCUGCAUUUGGUUUCGCUUGUUUUUAUAAGCACUUUUAUGAGCAUCGCUUCAAGUUUUUUAAGAUAAAUUUGAACAGAACAGGUUUGACACUUGUGAACGUCUCUUGUAGAUUAAAAGGUGUAAGGAGACUUCUGAACAUGGGGCAUAUUCAGAUCUGCUUCGGCGUCAGAAGGCAACAAUGAUUGAGAAUAGCAAACUUACGGGAAAAAUAAGUGAAUUGGAGAAAAUGGUGGCUGAACUAAAGAAACAAAAGUCCCGAGUAGAGGAGGAACUUCCAAGGGUCAAGGAGGCUGCAGAAAAUGAAUUGAGAAAGCAGCAGAGGAAUGUAGAAGACAUUGCUCUGCAGAAAAUCAGGGCCGAGAGUGAAGCCAAGCAGUACCGCAGGGAGCUGGAGACCAUUGUGAGGGAGAAGGAGGCUGCAGAACGGGAGCUGGAGCGGGUGAGAAAGCUCACAUCGGAGGCCGAGGCCAAAAGAGCGGCAGUGGAAGAAAACCUCCUGAACUUCCAGAACCAGUUAGAGGAGAACACCUUUACAAGAAGAACCCUGGAAGAUCAUCUUAAAAUAAAAGAUUCCACUCUCAAUGACUUGGAGCAACAAAAAAAUAAGUUAAUGGAGGAAUUAAAAAGAAAGAGAGACAACGAGGAGGAACUCUUGAAGCUGAUAAAGCAGAUGGAAAAAGACCUAACGUUUCAAAAACAGAUAGCAGAGGAGCAGUUAAAAGAAAAGCAGAAGAUUGAACUGGAAGCAAGAAGAAGAAUAACGGAAAUUCAGUAUUCAUGUAGAGAAAAUAAGUUGCCACAGGCUACGUCAUACAGAGGAGUCGCAGGUCUUCAGAAAGAGCAGGACAAACAGAAGACAGAAGAACUCAAGCAGCAGGUUGAUGAGCUAACAGUUGCCAAUAGAAAGGCUGAAAAAGACAUGAGAGAACUGAAGUAUGAACUUAAUGCCCUUCAGCUUGAAAAAACUUCAUCUGAGGAAAAGGCUCGUUUGCUAAAAGAAAAACUGGAUGAAACCAAUAAUACACUGACGUGCCUUAAGUUAGAGUUGGAAAGGAAGGAUCAGGUAGAGGAAAGGUAUUCCCAGCAGCUCAGAGAACUGGGUAGGCAGUUGAACCAAACCACAGACAGAGCUGAGGAAGUCAUGCAAGAAGCUAAUGACCUUAGGAAAAUAAAGCACAAUUAUGAAGUAGAAUUAGAAUCUCUUCAACAAGAAAAAGGGAAACUACAAAGAGAAGUAGACAGGAUCACUAGGACCCAUGCUAUAGCUGAGAGGAAUAUUCAGCAUCUAAAUUCACAAGUUAAUGCUUUCCAGGCUGAGAAGGAAUCCUCUAAUGAAAGAAUACGAUUCUGCCAGAGAAAGUCAGAUCAUCUCAAAGAACAAUUCGAGAAAAGCCAUGCACAGUUGCUUCAAAAUAUUAAAGCUGAAAAAGAAAAUAAUGAUAAAAUCCAGAAGCUUAAUGAAGAAUUAAAGAAAAGUAAUGAGUGUGCAGAAAUGCUAAAACAAAAGGUAGAUGAGCUUACAAGGCAGAAUAAUGAAACCAAGUUAAUGAUGCAGAGAAUUCAGACAGAAUCAGCGAACGUGGUUUUGGAGAAACAAGCUAUCCAGCAAAGAUGCGAAGCCCUGAAAAUUCAGGCAGAUGGUUUUAAAGAUCAGCUACGGAACACCAACGAACACUUGCAUAAGCAGACGAAAACAGAACAGGAUUUCCAUAGAAAAAUUAAAUGCCUAGAGGAAGACCUGGCCAAAAGUCAAAAUUUAGUCAGUGAGUUUAAGCAAAAGUGUGACCAGCAGAACAUUAUCAUCCAGAACACUGAGAAGGAAGUUCGAAGUCUGAGUGCGGAGCUAAACGCCUCCAAAGAGGAAAAGCGACUCGGGGAGCAGAAGGUACAGUUACAGCAAGCUCAGGUGCAAGAGUUAAAUAACAGGUUGAAAAAAGUGCAAGACGAACUGCAAUUAAAGACCAUAGAGGAGCAGAUGACCCACAGGAAGAUGGUUCUGUUUCAGGAGGAAUCGGACAAGUUCAAACACUCGGCAGAGGAGUUUCGGAAAAAGAUGGAAAAGUUAAUGGACUCCAAAGUUAUCACUGAAAACGAUAUUUCAGGCAUCAAGCUUGACUUCGUGUCUCUUCAGCAAGAAAACUGCAGAGCUCAGGAGAACGCUAAGCUCUGUGAGACAAAUAUCAGAGAACUUGAAAGACAGCUUCAGCAGUAUCGCGAGCAAAUGCAACAAGGACAGAAUGUGGAAACAAAUCAUUACCAGAAAUGUCGGAAACUUGAAGAUGAGCUGGUAGCCCAGAAACGUGAAGUCGAAAGCCUGAAGCAAAAGAUGGAUCAACAGAUAAAGGAACACGAACAUCAGUUAGUUUUGCUCCAGUGUGAAAUCCAAAAAAGGAACCCAGCCAAAGACUGUCCCUUCAAACCAGAUUUUGAGAUGGCAGUAAAUGAGUGCCAACACUCUGCAGACCUGUCCUCUAGGAACGCAGGGCAGCUUCACCCAGGGACCAGGUCUCCUCUGCUGAGAUGGAAUCAAGACCCACAGCAAUCGGAAGAAAAAUGGCAGCAUCGGGUUGUUGAACAAAUACCAAAGGAAGUCCAGUUCUGGCCGUCAGGGGGUCCACUUGAGAAAGAGAAAAGCCAGCAGUGUUACUCUGAGUAUUUUUCUCAGACAAGCACCGAAUUACAGAUAACUUUUGAUGAGACAAACCCUAUUACAAAACUAUCCGAAAUCGAGAAGAUAAGAGAUCAAGCUCUGUACAGUUCCAGGCCACCAGUUAGGUACCAAGAUGACAAGUGUGAAAUGGACCUGGCAAAGCUUUUGGCCCCCUUGGAGAUAGCUAAGAGCAAGCAGUAUGAUAUGCACACAGAAGUCACCGCAUUAAAACAAGAAAAGAACCCAGGCCCUAGUGCUGAAGAAUGGAUGCUUGAAGGGUGCAGACCAUCUGGUGGACUCAGGAGAGAUUUUAAGAAAGGCUCAGAACCAGAGACCAUCCAGAACUUGGAUGGUGAUCACGCCUGUUCAGUUAGGGAUGAUGAAUUUAAAUUCCAGGGGCUCCGGCACUCUGUGACUGCCAGGCAGUUGGUUGAAGCUAAGCUUCUGGACAUGAAAACAGUUGAGCAGCUGCGACUUGGUCUCAAGACUGUUGACGAAGUUCAGAAAACUCUUAGCAAGUUUUUGACAAAAGCCACCUCAAUCGCGGGGCUUUAUCUAGAAUCCACAAAAGAAAAGAUUUCAUUUGCCUCAGCAGCCAAGCAAAUCAUAAUAGAUAAAAUGAUGGCUUUAGCAUUUUUAGAAGCUCAGGCUGCAACAGGUUUUAUAAUCGAUCCCAAUUCGGGUCAGACAUACUCUGUUGAAGAUGCAAUCCUGAAUGGAGUUAUUGACCCCGAAUUUAAAAUUAGGCUCCUUGAGGCAGAGAAGGCAGCCCUGGGAUAUUCAUAUUCUUCUAAGACAUUGUCAGUGUUCCAAGCUAUGGAAAACAGAAUGCUUGACAGACAAAGAGGUAAACACAUAUUGGAGGCCCAGAUUGCCAGUGGGGGAGUCAUUGACCCUGUGAAGGGCAUCCGCAUUCCUCCAGAAGUUGCUCUGCAACAAGGCUUGUUAAAUAACGCCAUCCUGCAAUUUUUACAUGAGCCAUCCAGCAACACAAGAGUUUUUCCUAAUCCCAACAACAAGCAAGCUCUCUAUUACUCAGAAUUACUGCAAAUGUGUGUAUUUGAUGUAGAUUGCCAGUGCUUUCUGUUUCCAUUUGGGGAGAGGAACAUUUCCAAUCUCAAUGUAGGGAAAACGCAUAGGAUUUCUGUAGUAGAUAUUAAAACAGGAGCAGAACUGACUGCAUAUGAGGCUUUCCAGAGAAACCUAAUUGAAAAAAGUACCUAUCUUGAGCUUUCAGGGCAACAGUAUCAGUGGAAGGAAGCCACGUUUUUUGAAUCCUAUGGGCAUCCUUCUCAUAUGCUGACUGAUACUAAAACAGGGUUACAGUUCAGUAUUAAUGAAGCUAUAGAGCGGGGAACACUUGACAAAGCCUGGGUCAGAAAGUAUCAGGAAGGGGUCAUCACACUUACAGAGCUUGCUGAUUCCCUGCUAAGCCGGCUGGUUCCCGAGAAGGAAUUGCACAGUCCUGUUGCGGGCUACUGGCUGACCGCCAGUGGGGAAAGGAUCUCUGUCCUAAAGGCCUCCCGCAGAAAUUUGGUUGACCGGGUCACUGCCCUCAGAUGCCUUGAAGCCCAAGUCAGUACGGGGGGGAUAAUUGAUCCUAUCACUGGCAAAAAGUACCGGGUGGCAGAAGCUUUGCACAGAGGCCUUGUGGAUGAGGGGUUUGCCCAGCAGCUGCGACAGUGUGAGUUAGUAAUCACAGGGAUUGGCCAUCCUGUCACUAACAAAGUGAUGUCAGUGGUGGAGGCUGUGAAUGCAAAUAUCAUAAGUAAGGAAAUGGGAAUCAGAUGUUUGGAAUUUCAGUACUUGACGGGGGGGUUGAUCGAGCCACAGGUUCAUUCCCGGUUGUCAAUAGAAGAGGCUCUCCAAGUCGGUAUCAUAGAUGUUUUCAUUGCUACCAAACUCAAAGAUCAAAAGUCCUAUGUCAGAAAUAUAAUAUGCCCUCAAACGAAAAGAAAGUUGACGUACAAAGAAGCUUUAGAAAAAGCUGAUUUUGAUUUCCACACAGGACUUAAACUCUUAGAAGUAUCUGAACCUUUGAUGACAGGAAUUUCUAGCCUCUACUAUUCUUCGUAAAAGGACAUGCUUAAAAAACUUUGCACGGGGCUGAUGCUCUCCACUUCAUGUGAUCUGUCCAGAGCUUGAUGAUAUCAGUUAAAUAUACAGCCUAGCAAUUAUGUCAUACACUCAAAGCACCGUUUAUUUCUUGAGGCCUGGAAAUAGCCGAUUGUUCAGAAGAGAGAAUAAUUUUUAAGUUGAAAGUAACAAAAUAUUUACUGUUCUUCAAAAUGGUUUCCUUUAGAUUUUAGGUUAGUGGUUUUGUUUUGUUUUGAUCUUGCCUACACUAAAAGAAAAGGUGUUUUACCUAGAAUAUGGAGUAAGCUUGAUGAACUCCAGCAAGUUCAUAGCCUCCAUUCUUCAGAAGUCUUCAUCACUGAAUAGAUCCAGCCGGACAUUAGGGCUCCCAUUUUAAAAUGAUUCAUUACAUUCACUGGAAGAGCACUUCAGAAGACAUCAUGGAAUCAAAGAGAAAGAUGUAAAUUUGUUCCCACAUCCAUGAAGCUAGAGUGUUUCAGAUCUCCUUGAAAAGUGAAAAAGUUGCUAGCUUUUCUGUAUAUUGUAACCUUCUUUACAUAAUAAAUGUUUACCAAAACCUCCCAUUUCCAGGUAGAGUCUGUAAUUAAAAGUAGCAUUAUUGUGUGUUGGAAGAGGGGGAGAGAUUUUUCUUUAUUCUGUGUAUUUUUCAUUUGCAUGUACACAUUCACUGUAGUUUCAGGUUUCCAUUUUUGAUACUUUUCUGUCUAGACCAUUGUGAUUGUAAUGCUAAUGCAAAGGCAGCAAUUCAAAGAUCUUCUAGUGCUUCAUGAAUAAAAUUGAGUUUUUUUAUUUGUCAUAUUGAUAGACCAAUUGGGAGGUUAGAGUGUCACAGCUUUCUUUGCUACCAUAAACAUUUUCGAAGUACAUCUGCCGCAUGAUGUGAUAAACAUGGUUAAGUGAAUGAAUAAAAUGCUCAGUAA